AUGACGAAUCUGAGAGAAGGAAAACUGUAUGUCAUUCCAGUAAAUGAGUUUUGCAAACAUAUAUCCGUUAAUUUACCAGCUAUUAGAUCUCAUACUUCUGUCUCCCAGAUUGAAGAUUUUGAUGCACUUUUUUGCCUUAUGUAUGGAUGGAUUUACAUACUUGGGUAUUCAUACAAGGCUGAUCCAAAAGAGUUGAUUCAGAUGGUCACAAAGCAUGUUACUCAGUAUGGCUCUACAGACUGGCCUGAAGAAAUCGCAACUUUGAUAAAUCAGCUGCAUUACUACAAUGAACGACUACUGGAUUUCACUCAAGCUCAGAUUCUGCAAGGACUUGGCAAAGGAGUGGAUGUGCAGAGGUUUACAGCAGAUGCACAGUACAAGAGAGAAACAAUACUAGGAUUGGCAGAAACACUUGAAGAGAAUGUCUACAAGAUUGCUGUUUCUUUGGCUCAGCGAUACAGUGUCCCACUUUGGGAAGUUUAUAUGACCCAUCUGGAAUUUUUGUUCACCGACAGUGGGUUGUCAACAUUGGAAAUAGAAGAAAGAGCACAAAGUCUUGGUCUCUUUGAGACUUUGAAAACCAAUCCUGAAACCUUACAUGAACACAUGGUUAAAUAUGUUUACCCAAGUAUUGAAGGUAGAGAUCAUCAGCGGUUGCUUUAUUAUUUUACACUACUUGAAAGCUGCGGUUGCUCAGAAGUGGUGAAGCAUGCUGUUAAACCUGAAACUCACAUCCGACUCCUGAAAAAAUUCAAAGCAGUUGCACCAGGUCUUAAUUACAAAAAGCUAACAGAUGAAAAUGAAAACCCUCUGGAAACACUGGAGCCCGUCCUUACAAGUCAAAAUAUCUUAUCUAUUUCCAAACUGGCUCCCAAAAUUCCUAAAAAAGAUGGCGGCAUGCUGUCAUCAAGCUCUAUUUAUGCUGUCUGGUUACAAAAACUUUUUUGGAAUGGUGAUCACCAUCUCAUUAAAAAAAUACCAGAAACCAUGGAUGAAUGGCUACAUGCAUAUGAUAUGUGUUCAAAGUACUUGGAUAGACUUGAUCCAGAUGAUAUUGUCACUUUUAUCGAUGAAAUUACCUUUUCUUCAAAAGCUGUCACAAAGCUGCCAGUUGAAGCCAGGAUAGAAGUGACAAAGAAGGCUAUGAAGGCAGUAAAACAUCUUUCUGAGAAAUCAAGAAAAAAACCUUCUGAAAAUGGCAUGGAAGAUGCUAAAAAUCCAUCUGUUGCUUAUGAAGAAACUCUGAAUCACUUGCAGCAAUCUCUUGCUCAUCUGGAAACACUCACUCAUAGUUUUAUCACUUACUUGAAAACCAGCGAACAGGAUACACUACAGAAGUAUGGCUAUUUAUAUGAUUUGUCAAGGUCGGAGAAAGAAAAAAUCCAUGACCAAGCAGUAGCUAUGUGUAUAGAUGGACAACCCCUGGACAUGAUACAGCAGUUGUUACAAGUGGCUGUUGGAGAUCUCGGUCUUUCUCCCAAGGAUAUUGUCCAAUAUGCUAUUAAAAAAAUUGUAUGCACAUUAAGUGGAAAUGGUGGGUCAUCUACAUCAGUGAAAGAUCCACUUGGAAUCCUAGAAGGCAUUGUUUCUGCAGUGCAUGCAAGUGUUGAGAAAGGGGAGAAAGUAGUUUCUUCAGAUGACCUUCUGGAGUGGUUGAGACCUUUCUGUGGUGAUGACUCCUUAGCAGUGAAGCCUCGCAUCAGAGUAUUGCAAAUUCUGGAGCAAGCCUUCCAUCUCAGUGAUGAGGAUAGCAGACUACUUGUGUACUUCAGGACACAAGCUGUUCUCAGAGCUUGCUGGCCUGAAACAAAGGUAGAGAUAACAGAUAUUGAAACUGAGGAAAAAAGGUAUGAUCUCUUCCUGGGACUUCUGGAGUCUAGUCACCAUCCGUCUGAGUUUCAGCACUUGAUUUUACUCCUUCAAGCUUGGCCACCAAUGGCCAUGAGCAACAG